AGACCCAAUUGAUGAAAAUUGAAAGCAGACGGAAAAGAUUUUUUAAAAAAGGUUUAUGGUCGAAACAUCUUAAGAAGAAGAAUCAUUUUCGAGCCACUCGAUCACGAACAAAAAUAGAUGAAAGAGUUUACGAUUACGAUGACAUGGAAUACGUUGCAAAUAUAUCAGUUGGCUCACCCAUUGGGAAGCAAACGUUUUUGGUAGUUUUGGAUACAGGAUCAUCAAAUGUGUGGAUUCCAGAAAUGAACUGUGCUUCCACUGAUUGUCUGGAAAAAAAUCGUUUCGACCCAUUACUCUCAAAAACAUAUGAGGAGGAUGGCCGUACUUGGUCAAUACUGUACGGUGAUGGAUCAAAUGCGCAUGGAUUAUUGGGGCGAGAUUACAUGGCUUUUGGAUCAAAUAUGAAUGGCUCACUGACUAUUUCAAAUAUAACGUUUGGAUUAGCUCGGAAAUUAAGUGGAUUCAAAGAUGAUCCAGUUGAUGGCAUUGUUGGCUUGGCUUUCACAUCAAUUGCUGUAAACGGUGUUACACCACCACUAAUUGCUGCCAUUAAUCAAAACAUUCUUGUGCCAUCUCUUUUCACCGUCUGGUUAGAUCGUCGAGGUGCACAACAGAACGUUUUUGGUGGUAUAUUUACUUAUGGUGCUGUAGAUAACGUGAAUUGUGAAGAUGUAAUUGAUUAUGAACCACUGUCAUCAGCAACAUUUUGGCAGUUUCGCUUACGUGGUGUUAAAGCAGUUGGUUAUUCCAUAGGUGGAACGUGGGAAGCGAUAUCGGAUACAGGGACAUCGCUAAUUGCUGGACCGGCCGCCGUCGUUAAUCGUUUGGGUGCAGCUGUCAAAGCAAAAUACGAUCAAAAUGAAGAAAUGUUCUUCAUAAAAUGUGAUGCUAAACCUCCACCAGUUACACUGAUUAUUGGUUCUCAUGAAUACAACAUACAAUCAGAAAAUUAUAUCGUUGCGAUUGAAAACAACACAUGUAUUUUUUCAUUCUUCUCACUGGAAGGUGGCGGUUUUGGACCAGCGUGGAUAUUUGGUGAUCCUUUUAUCAGGCAAUAUUGUCAAAUUUAUGAUAUUGGUAAGGAACGGAUUGGUUUUGCCCUAGCAAAGUAA